AUGAAAUUAUUCACAACCGUAUCACUCUCGGUUGCUCUCGUGCAAGCUCUCAGCAUUGGCUCGCUCAACUUCGGUUUGGAUACCUUCGCCAAUCGAAUCAUCAAAACCGGCCCGGAACAUUUCGAAUUAGUUUCGGAGGCCACCAAGAUCCAGUACAAACGCCAGGGCAAGAAGUUCAUCGAUGUAACGUCCGUGGUGAGUAUUGACGAUGCGGUUGCACAAGGAAUGGUGGCUUCAGCAGGAAAAUCUGACGUGGUGACGUUUUUUGCUAAGCAGAUUAAGUCAGUCAAGAAACCUAUCCCAGCCUACAACUACCCCGCCAACGCCAGCACCCAGAAGGUGGUGCAGCCACUCCUCAAGCAAAUUGACUUGGACCGUGUCAAGUCUAACUUGGGCGAAUUCUCUUCCUUCUACACUAGAUACUACAAGUCUUCUACGGGUUUGGAGUCCGCAGACUGGCUCUAUGGAACAGUGAAAGACAUUGUGUCUGUUUUGCCAGCAGAUGUUGUGGAACUCACCAAGGUGCAUCACGAUGGUUGGGACCAGUACUCCAUUAUCGUCAGUCUUGUUGGAAAGUCCUCUGAUAAGGUGGUAGUAGGGGCCCACCAAGAUUCUAUCAAUUUGCUCUUCCCUAAUCUUCUCCGUGCUCCUGGUGCCGAUGACGACGGAUCAGGAACGGUAACAACGUUGGAAGCACUCAGAUUAGUGGUUGCAGCCAUUGCAACUGGGCUGUUCACUCCACACAACACGCUUGAAUUCCACUACUACUCUGCUGAGGAAGGUGGACUUCUUGGCUCUAUUGAUGUGUUUUCUCGCUACUACGCUAAUAACCAUACAGUAGUGGGUAUGCUCCAGCAGGAUAUGACCGGAUAUACCAAAGGCACUAUUGAUGAAGGCGUUGAGCCACACUUUGGGUUGAUUUCUGACUAUACAUCUGUUGGCCUUAACGACUUCAUCAAGGUGAUUGUGGCUGAAUACUGUUCCAUUCCUUAUCACGAAACGCAAUGUGGAUAUGCUUGUUCUGACCAUGCGUCUGCAUUGGAGAACGGCUACCCAGCUUCUUUUCUCAUUGAGAGUGAGUUCAAGUACACAGCCAAGCAGAUUCAUCUGACUUUGGACACCUUGGACAGGUUGGACUUUGGCCACAUUCACGAGCACAUCAAGUUGACUGUGGGCUAUGCGAUUGAGUUGAGUCUGGCCAAGCACUUGUAG